GCGCUACUAUUCCGUAUUAACCGUCUAUACUUGGUGCAGUAUGUUUUGAAAGAGCAAGAGGUACUCAUGGUUCUCUCGUGUGCAUUGUAAAUUAACACGAGACUAGUGUCACUCAUUUCUUUGGUGCAUUUUUGUGUUUCAUUUUAUCAGAGUACAUCUUGACACAGGACAUCAUGAGUUUGGUCAGACAAAAUUUUCACGACGAUUGCGAGCAAGCCCUCAACAGGCAAAUCAAUUUGGAACUGUAUGCAAGUUACGUCUACCUGUCUAUGGCUUAUUAUUUCGACAGAAGUGAUGUCGCUCUGCCAGGUCUUCACAAAUAUUUUAAAAAAUCAUCAGACGACGAAAGAGAACACGCUAUGAAAUUUAUGAAUUAUCAGAACAAAAGAGGUGGCUGCAUUAUUUUGACAGAUAUCGAAAGUCCGUCAAAGAAUGACUGGCUUUCAGCUAAAGAUGCCAUGUCAGAAGCAUUAGAUCUGGAGAAGAGAGUUAACGAGAGUCUCUUGGAGUUACAUGCUCUUGCAUCAUCUCACAAUGAUCCGAACUUCUUAGAUUUCUUGGAAACGGAAUAUUUACAAGAACAAGUGGACUCCAUCAAGGAAAUUGCCGAUCAUGUUACGAAUUUGGAACGAGUUGGCGAAGGACUUGGAAUAUACAUUUUCGACAGAGAAUUCAAAGAACAUCUAAAUCGUUUUGUAAUUAACAGAGUUAUUUAUAGAACAUGUAUACAAAUUGUAAGUAAACUAAAAGCAAACAUGUUGAGGUCAUUCUACUGUAGAAUCAUUCUUGGCAACAUAUCGCACCCACGUUUUCGGCAAUCAUACAACACAAAAACAUGUAAAUCACAGUAUUCGCUCCAUUGGCAUAAAUUUGACAAACAAAAAUGUCAACUUUUGUCAUCGAGUACGGGCAAAACGUCCGAACAAUUUUGCAUCGAUAAACCGAUGAAAUGGCCAAGUGGAAAACCAGCAAAUUAUAAAUUUCACGAGGAUACCGAGAAUGUUCUAAACGAACAAAUAAACUCUGAAUUAAAAGCUUUUUAUUACUAUCUGUCUAUGGCUGCAUACUUCGGACGCGCUGAUGUAGCGUUACCCGGUUGUGAAUCAUUUUUCAUUCAAAUGCAUCACGAAGAACAUGAACAUGCUCUCAGGUUUCUAAAUUAUGUUCAAAUGCGCGGGGGACGUGUACAUUUAUGUCCGGUACUGCCCCCCACUGACCAAGAUUGGAAAUGUCCUCUGCACGCAUUUAAAAAAGCAUUGGAAUUAGAGAUUGAAGUAACAGAAAAACUGGUAGCGGUAAAUACUGUGGCGGAGAAACAUGGCGAUUUAAAUGCAAGUGAUUUUAUUGUUACCGGUUUUAUGGAAGACCAAAUGAAAAGCGUGAAUGAAAUGGGAAGAUUCGUGGCUGUCUUGUCUGGAAUUGGUGAUCAGGCGUUGGCACGUUUUAUGUUUGAUAAAGAUUUACUCGACAGUCACGUUGUACCGAAAUUUAAUGUAAUCCGCACCAAAUUUCAUACAAACAAAACAAGUAACACUUCCGUUUCCAUGUAAAAUUACGCGGGAACGCGUAAUCGUUUAGUAACGUAUGUGAACCGCAGUUUACCAGAGUCCAUAACUGUGACGCUCAGGUUGGAAGGUGGUGGGGGAACGCUGCGAGCUCUCCGCUAAUCGCUUUCUACUUCGUUUGGGAGUAUCGCCAAUCAGGGCGAAGAUGCGCACGAAAGAACGAAAUCUGGUCUUUUCGCAGUUAUGGAC